AUGUAUGUCAGAUUAAUGGAUAUUGAUUACGAUUUAGAAGCAUUUUUUGCUGAAGAUGAUGAAAAAGAGCGCGAGGAGACGAACAAAAAUGCAACACUUUCGGAUGAACAAAUUUUGAACGAUCUGUUGAAGAAAGAUGAACGAAAGAUUCGUAAACAACGUCUUGUAAAGAAUCCUAAAUUACGAGAUAUUGAACUUUGUGGAUCAAAUGGUUUCCUCGAAUUGAAGCGAAUCUUCGACAGUUAUACACCGAAGAAUAAAAAUCCAUAUGAUGAUUUACUUGUAAUGAUGAGCCGAAUAGAACAUUGGGGACAUCUACUUUGUCCUAAAAUGACAUUUCAAGAUUUCGUAGCUCGUCUGGAAUCCUUAGGCGAAAAGAGAAUGGUAAAAACAAUGUUGACAAAAAUGCGACUUGACAUGCCUUUGACCGAUGAUGACUUCCUCGCAAAUAAAGAAAAUGAAAAGGAACUACAAUUAGUUGAUAAAGAGGAAAAUGAACAGUUCACUAAUGUGUUGACGAAUGACAUGAAUUUGUUCGAAUUUUUCGAUGAUUUACCGUCUGAACCUGUUACAUCGCAUCAAGCAACUUCAUCUUCUGAAUUCUCAGCUUCGAAAUUAUCAUUGGAGCAAUUACAAAGAAUUGAAGAAAAUAAGCGUCGUGCGCAAGAACUCUGUAUGCAACGUAAGAAACGGAUGAACCAAUUGAAUGCUUUCGAUUCACUUGCAAAGGAUGAUGGUACACCAGUUUGUAUGAAGGUAGCAAGCGACAUACCGUUCAGCUCAAAAUCGUUUAUUCAGAAUGAGGAUCCAAAGAAGCUGGAAAACGAUAUUAUGAUGGAUGAUGACGAGGCAUUAGAUUUCAUAUUCUCUACAACUUGA